GCGUCGCGCCGCGCCCAGCUGUGACUACUUCAUGCACUCUCAGCGACUGGUGUCAGACCCGCGGGUAGGCGCCACGGCGUCAGGCACUGUCGGCGCCGACGCCGAUCUAAGCGGGGGCGGCAGCAGCAUCGGCGGCACACCGCAGCUGUCGCUGAUCGAGUCGCUGCGGGGGCGCGCCGUGUUCAUCACAGGCGCCACCGGCUACCUGGGCGGGGUGGUGCUGGAGCAGCUGCUGCGGGUGGCGGGCGAGGCGGUGGGGCGCGUGUACGUGCUGGCGCGGGCGCGGGGGCGGCUGGGCGCGGCGGAGCGGGUGGGGCGGGUGCUGGGGGGCGGGCUGUUCACGACGGUGCGGGAGCGGCACGGCGAGGCCAUGCGCAAGGUGGUGGCGGUGGCUGGCGACCUGUCUGAGAGCGGCUGCGGCAUCUCGGAGGCGGCGCUGGCGGAGAUGGCGGCGGAGGGGUCGCUGCUGGUCAUACACAGCGCCGCCAGGAUCGCGCUGGAGGACCCCAUCCAGACCACCCUGCUGAACAACUACGAGGGCACGCGGCGUCUGCUGGGCCUGGUGGCUGGCCGCCUGGCGCACUGCUGCGCCGGCUUCGUGCACGUGUCCACCUCCUUCGUGGGCAUGAACCAGCCGCACAACAGCGUGGUACCCGAGCGCCUGUGCCCGCUCAUGUUCGGAGACCAGCGGGUGGACCACGCGCGGCUGGCCCGCGAGCUGCUGGCCACGGACACCGCCAUGGCGGACAUGCGGGCUGACAUGCUGUGCAAGAACUGGGGGCUGCCAAACACAUACCUGCUGGGCAAGCACCUGUCCGAGUCGCUUGUGGAGCAGUACCACUCCGAGCGCCUCAUCCCGGCCGGCUGCGCCAUCGUGCGGCCCAGCCUGGUGUCGGCGUUGGCAGGCGCGCCCUGGCCGGGAUACGUGGGCAACCUGGCGGGCCCCUCCGGCUACAUGACCGCCUUCGCGCUGGGCUUCUUCAACCGCGGCAGUGCGGCCUGGCACGCCUGGCACCUGCUCGACUCGGUGCCCGGCGACGUCGCCGGUGCAGUCAUCCUGGCAGCCGCCGCCGCCCUCGCCGCGGGCAUCCACAGCCGCGAGCAGCUGCACGCGCUGGCGGCGCGCGCCGCCGCCAACGGCGGCGGCGGCGGCGGCGGAGCCGCCGCCGUGGUGGCGGCGACGGCGGCCAUGUCGGAUCAGCGGACGUCGGGCUCGUUCCUGGAGGGCGGGAACGAGUCCUUCAGACUGAGGCCGGGGGUGCAAGGCGGCGGCGGCUUCGGCGGCGCGCUGCGCACAAUCACCACGGUUGGACGAGCGCACGACGGCGGCGCCGAAGGCGGCGGCGGCGGCGGCGGCGGAGCCGCCGCCACCCUGGCUGAGGACUCGGGGGACCAUUGGAACCGCCGUGCGCUGCAGGCACAGGCGGCGCUGGAUGCGGCGGCGGCGGGGGAGGAGGGGCGGCGGGAGGCGCCGGCGGCGCAGCGGGCUGCGGGGGAGCUGCUGGUGUUCCACGCCGCCAGCAGCACCGUCAACCCCUGCCUGCACUGGGAGGCGUACGAGAUGGCUCGCCGCUUCUUCACCGUGCACAAGCUCAAGUACCGCUUGGGCGGCUAUGUGCGAGCGGGAGCCGACUACAUGCCCGUGCCCUGGCGCGUCACCCUAGCCAAGAAGAUCACCAAGGCCAAGGUGGCGGCGGCGGCGGGGCUGUUGGGCUGCUUCGGACAGCAGCGCGCCGCGCGCAAGCUGCGUGUGGGCUUCACGGCCUGGGAUUACGCCAAUGACGUCAAACACGACAAGACGCUGUUCUUCUCGGUGCGCAACGUGCUGGCUCUGGAGCGCUGCCUGCCGCCGCAGGAGCGAGCCGCGCUGCCGCUGGUGUGGCGCGGCAGCUGGGAGCUGUUUGCAAACACCUACAUGGCGGGCGUGUGCAAGCUGUUCAUGGGUCUGCCUGUGCCGCCCGCCACACCCCAGCUGCCGCACAACUUCGUGCACCUGCCCUUCGUGCACCUGACGCCCGAGCAGCUGCCGCGGGUGGCCGGCGCCGGAGCCGCCGCCGGCACGGCGGCUGCAGGCGGGCCCGCCGGCACCACGCCAACGGCGGCGGCGGUGCCGCCGACCGCUGCUGGCACGACGGCCGGGGCCGGGGCGGCGGCGGCGGCGGCCGCACCGCUGGCGGUGGAGGAGCAGACCCGUACGGCGGCGGCUGCGCCGCCGGCGGGCGCGGGUGAAGGUGGCGGCGGCGGCGGCAGCGCUGUGAAUGGAAGCAGCGGCGGCGGCGGCGGAAAGAAGGGCGGCCCUUGGACCCUGGGCAAGAUACUGGGCGGUGGUGGUGAUGGUGGUGGGCACAAGAAGCACGACACGGCUACGGAUCAGGAGCAGCAGGGGCAGGGGCCGGCGCUGGUGAAGGCAGGCGGCGUGGCGGCGGCGGCGCCGGCGGGUCCGGCACAGGCGCUGCCGGCACAGGUCGUGUGAGGAGGUUCCUUUCGCGUGUGUUGGGCCGCUUGGGCCGUUGUGUCAAGAGGGGAGGAGUGGGGAAGGGGAGACGGCUGCAUGGCUGCUGCCUGUCUUGAAGGGAGCCGAUGUGAAUAGUAAGGCUGUUGUGGAGUGGAGAGGCGCCGAGUGGGGUUGAGGUCGUUCGCGGCGCGUCCGGCCAGGUCCCGGCGUUCCUCUGACUGAUUUGUGGUACAAUAGCUGUACAGCGCAAUAACCAUGUUGCAAUUUAGUUCUUACGACGUUCUUACUUCUUUCGACACUUGCUUCUAUUGAUAUCUGACUUAGCAGCGCUGGGCAGCAGCUGGGCAGGUGCAUGCAGCUAUGUCCUGCAGUCUGGAACCGGCUGACCCAGCCGCCUGUCGGCGCUGUUUGCACAUGCGGCGCAGGGGGGGGGACAGAAGCGCUAGGAACAAAACUUGGCACGAACCUGUGCAAAACCUCUUGGGACCCCCCGACCGACCGACCGACCGGCCACUUUGAGGGGUCAUAACUUUGCACCCAGAAACCCAUUUUCGAUUUUGAAAGCGGAUUCGUGAUUUUCUCGUUGAGCUCUAUCCAUUUGAGGCAUGGGGUCUGUUUCGGAAGAUUCUACCCCCCCCUGUGCGGCGCAUUAUUGGUGCAUUGAUUGUUCAUAGGUAACGUGGGCGUAAUGCCUGCGGGCCUUUGGCGCCUAGCGUUGCGCCUAGCUUGCGGCGAAGGCGGCUGUCAGGAGGCGUGCGUGUGUCCAGGCGAGCACACAGCAGCACGUGCGUGCCCAUGUCGCCUACUGGGCAAGCGACGUCGCGAUGUUUGUCGUAGCGCCGCCGGUUGCUGUUGUUGGAUGGGUGCAGAGCACACCGUGCGUGUGCGCAGUUGCGCACAGUGCCCUGUCAUUGGAUGGAUGUAUGGUGCGGAGGGGCUGCGGCGCACAGGCAGGUGCUGCCGUUGUGAGGUUCGGGGGGUGGGGAGGAUGAAUGUAUGGACGGAGACGGGAGGGGUGCAACCCGCUGCAGGAGGCUGGAGAUGGGAGAUGGGACAAUUGGACAUUUGGAUUUUGGACACUCGAAAAUGGAUGCACAUUAUUCGGGCGGUGCAUACAGCGCAGAGAAGAGCACGCUGUAAGUCCACACAUGC